ACGAACAGCAGCUCCGAGCGACGACCCCUCUCAACUUUUUCUUUUCCUGCGCGAGAAACCAAGCAGCAACUUUCCCGAGAAAAUCACACACUCGUCCUAGAAAAUGGACCGGACGUCCUGACGCUCGAGCCCUAAUCCCCGCCGGCCGCCCGGAGGACGAUGAGGUCGACCCAUGACGUGUCCUCGAAACGCCGCAUCCAAUCUCGAUCUCUAGCCGCCGCCGCCGCCGAUGGAAACGAGACCGACCGCCGCUCGGGAGCCCAGGGAGACCGAUCCGCCAUCGCCGCCCACCGGGGCGGCGUUGAUCGAGUGGGAAGAUUUCGAGCCGGAGCUCGCCCGGCUCGUGAGCCUCUCCUGCGCCCUCGAAGAAGCUAAGGAGAAGAAGCGGGUGCUUCAGCGGAAGCUCGAGUCGCUGAUUCAGGUUAAAAACGAGUCCUUGAGAAGAAUGAAUGAGCUUGAGGAAAUGCGGGAAAAAGUGGAAGGUAGAAAGCUAGUGAUGCAGAACUUGUCGUUGCGUACGAAGGUUGUUGUGGAAGACGCUAAAAGGAAAGAGGAAGAUCUUGCAGCUGAAGUUAGGUCAUUGUUAGUUGCAGGCACAGCUCUUUCGGUUGCCCGGAAACGACUGCAGGAAUCAAAUAGGAUACUUGGGCAAAGGGGUUAUGGCAAGCUAAAAAAUUUGCAAAAGAUGCUAAGAAUGAGGGAGCAGUACAUGGUAUCACAAGUUUCAGUGCUCUAUCCUGUUAAAAUAUCUGUUGGACAAGCGCAAGAGCAAGAACUUGAAUCAUUUCCAAGCACUACUAGAUCAGUUUCAGGUAGCUCUGCUGGUUCGAAGCCUGUAAAUCUUGAAUCCUUGACGAUUAUCGGCCUGCAAUUGACCAUGCUUCCAUUUACAAGGAUGAGUUUUUUUAUGGAUAAAAAGGAGGUCCAGAGGUCUGCGACUGCUUUGGCAUAUGUGGGGCAUGCCGUUUCUCUCAUUGCUUCCUACUUAAGAGUUCCUUUGCGUUAUCCUUUGCAUUUAGGUGGAUCUCAUUCCUAUAUAAUUGAUCAUGCCCCCUCCAUAGAAACAACUGCAACUGAUUCUUCAUCAAGUGCUACCCUACCUUCAAAUAUUAAAUCCAUAGAGUUUCCACUAUUUUUAGAAGGUCAGGAUACGACAAGAGCAGCUUAUGCUGUAUUCCUCUUGAACAAGGAUCUAGAGCAGCUAUUGAAUUUCAUCGGUGUUAAGAGCUUAGGACCACGCUACGUAUUAGCUAAUCUGAAGGAACUCCUCAGGACUAUUUUGUCUGCAGAUUUCAUAGAUACAUGAUUAAAUGUUGUCUAGGUUCUCUCUGUAAAUGGAUCAUGUGUGAUGGAGGUGCAAAUUUUUGCUUGCGCACCCCACCUUAAUGGUUUUUUCCUAUUUUUCUCUUUGGCUUACAAUUGAUGAGCGACACCUUGCGGAUUGAGGAUGGUCUACUAAUCAUGGAGCUGUAAGAGGAUUGUAUAGAUUUCUGACGGUUAAUUCUUUCAACCUUGGAAGGUUGGUAUACGGAAUUGUAACUUCAGCAAAGAAAAAGAAGAGAAGUCGUUUAAUCUAACGAUACAGUUGUACCAA